UUAUCCCACAGCCUUCACUCUCUGUUUACCAAGUUUGUGCAGGAAAACCACAUAAAAAUGGCAGCGGAGAUGGCCCUUGUAAAGCCUAUCUCCAAAUGCAGUAGCAGCAGCCCAAAGUUCAGCAAUCCAAGAUAUGCCAAGUUCAGCAGCGUCAAGAUGUCAGCUACUUCCCAGCCAACAACAAAGCCCAGCAAGAAAGCAGCCAAAACCGCAAUCAAAGAGACCCUUUUGACGCCAAGGUUUUACACCACUGACUUUGAUGAGAUGGAGACCCUUUUCAACACUGAGAUUAACAAGAACCUCAACCAGUCCGAGUUUGAGGCACUGCUGCAAGAGUUCAAGACUGAUUACAAUCAGACUCACUUUGUGAGGAACAAGGAGUUCAAGGAGGCCGCUGAUAAGAUGCAAGGUCCUUUGAGACAGAUCUUUGUUGAGUUCUUGGAGAGGUCCUGCACUGCUGAGUUCUCUGGCUUUCUCCUCUACAAAGAACUCGGGAGGAGGCUCAAGAAAACUAAUCCAGUUGUCGCUGAGAUUUUCUCUCUCAUGUCAAGGGAUGAAGCCAGGCAUGCCGGGUUUCUAAACAAGGGCUUGUCUGAUUUCAAUUUGGCAUUAGACCUCGGAUUCUUGACAAAGGCUAGGAAGUACACAUUUUUCAAGCCAAAGUUCAUAUUCUAUGCUACGUAUUUAUCAGAGAAAAUAGGAUAUUGGAGAUACAUUACAAUCUACAGACAUCUCAAAGCUAAUCCUGAGUACCAAUGCUAUCCUAUUUUCAAGUAUUUUGAGAACUGGUGCCAGGAUGAAAACCGACAUGGUGACUUCUUCUCUGCAUUGCUCAAGGCACAGCCCCAAUUCCUUAAUGAUUGGAAGGCAAAGCUGUGGUCCAGAUUUUUCUGCCUCUCGGUGUAUGUUACAAUGUACCUGAACGACUGUCAGCGCACUGCUUUCUACGAGGGCAUUGGACUUGACACCAAAGAAUUUGACAUGCAUGUCAUCAUUGAGACAAACCGCACAACAGCCAGGAUUUUCCCUGCAGUGCUGGAUGUUGAGAAUCCAGAGUUCAAGAGGAGGUUGGACAGAAUGGUUGAGAUCAACCAAAACUUGAUUGCUGCUGGGGAGAGCCAGGAUAUUCCCUUGGUAAAGAACUUGAAGAGGAUUCCACUAAUUGCAGCAUUGGCUUCUGAGCUCCUGGCUACAUAUCUGAUGCCACCAAUCGAGUCUGGAUCUGUUGAUUUUGCUGAGUUUGAACCGCAAGUCGUUUACUAAUAUGUAUUUUUUUUACGAGUUCCAUUUUUGUGGGACCUUUUUUCAGCUUGAGUUCUGUACUGUCAAAUUAUGUCAUCGCAAAUUUUAGUAAAUGAAACUGAGGUACACUUCAAUGUCCAGUGUGACAUAAAAACUUUGUCAUUUGCUGUCU